GACGUGGUCAAGUUUUUGGCGGGCUGCCUUGACCCUCCUUCGGGGAGGGGUCAAGCUUUGGUGGGCACAGGGACAGGACCUCUAAAGAUGGAGGCCAGAAACUGGGACUUACAGAUCUAUUUACAAAAACCUUUUAGUCUAGUUUAAACUUGCUCUGAGAUAGAAGUUAGCUAAUUGUGUAAAGUUUGUGUUAGACUGAGAAGACAUUGUUAAUUUUUGACAUUACUCUGAGUAAAAAGGAACAAAGCAGGCUCUUAUGUGUCUACAGUCCUCAUGGGACAAAUAGAUCCAGUUCUGAAGCAUGUCCCAGUAUAUUUUCUAUAUAUCAAAAUUAUACAAACAAAUGAAAAGCCAUUUUCCUGAUCACCCACAGAUAUAUGUGCCCAGUAGAGGGAACAUUUUCAUGAGAUAAACACACACACAGUGGGAAAACACCCAAAGGUUUUCUUAAGGAAGAAAUGAAGUUCUUAGGGAAGAAACAAAGUGACUCAGGAGAGAAACUACAGACAGAGAAACUGGUUUCCACAGCCAGAAAGUCCAUGAUCUUACCAGGUGGGCCUCCCUAUUAGAGAACCACUCAUUGGUAGGUUGGCCUGUUGAAUACUAAUUAUCACCUGCUGUAUCUCUCAUGGCCCCUGACGCUGUUUCAUAACUGUAAUUGUGCUACUGCUAUAAGUCAUAAUGUAAAUAUCUGAUAGGCAGGAUAUCUGGUAUGCAACCACUGUAGGGGUUGCAACCCACAGGUUGAGAACCACUGCACUAGAGCAUUGCCAUACUGGGGGGUUAAACCAUUGCCUUGUGCUGGAACCUCUGGCUGCUGUGCUGAGGUCAGUGACAAGGAGGUCAUCACAGUACCUCAGGGCUGUACUGAUGACAGUGAAGUUUUUAAAAACAUUAGAUUUUGAUUCUCUUUCAAAGGGACAGAUGUUGUAAUAUGGGAAUGAGGCAGAUGCAGAGUGUGAGAAGGGAAUGAUAUUUGUAUAUCAGACAUUUACAUUAUGAUGUCAUAUGUUCAUUGUUGCAUGAGAUGGUAAAAGAAAGAUGAUCACUCCAAGAUGAAUUUUAGGCCUUGGCAGCAAGGAGGAACAGCCUCUGAUGUACUGAACCUUGACCCUCCGUUCAAAGGCAUAUUUAUUGAUGGUUACACAAAGUUGUUUUUUGGAUAAACAAGUUCAUCAUAGCAAAGUCCCUGAUCUAAUCUGUAUGUUUUUCUGAAGGAAAGCAUCACACCCCUGCCCCUUUAGUCCUUAUUGUGUACCGUUUGCAGUACCCAACAAUCUAAGAGCCCCAGGUGUGCCAGGGCUGUCUUGUGACUAAAAUCAUGCAACGGCCAUAACGCUGCUUCAGAAAAGUAUCUCUAUAAAUCACAGAAAGCAAUCACUGAUUUCCACCAUGACUUCUUCAAGGUCAAAGUCCUUCUAGAAAACAGCUGUUCAUUCUGAUAUUGACUUUAGAUACAGUUAGAAAGAAGCAAGUAUUCUGUUCUAGUGUUUGCACUUGAUACGGUGACUCUGCUCAAUUCCUACAACAGACAGGUAAUGGUGCUGUCGGUUAGAAGGACUGUGAGGGACAGUGUGGUGGCUUAAAUAAGAAUGGCCUUCUCAGACUCAUAUUUGAAUGUUUAGGGAGUAUUAUUAAGAAGUGUGGCCUUGGCUCUGGUUUCUGCUCCCAUUGCUCAUCGCUGACACUGGCGGAACAGCCAACUUGUGGACCAUGGCUAACUUCGAGUGUACCAUUGUGGCCAUCAGGCCAGACAGCACGCAGCAUGACCUGAAUGAGGAGAAACCUGUGCAGAUGAUGUUUAAGAAGUCUUCCUUUAAGAUGACCUACGUGGAAGAGAUAUCCACUGCGAUUCUGUUGCUUCCCUAUGCUGGCAAUGAGCUGAACAUGAUCAUCAUGCUUCCAGAUGAGCACGUUGAACUGAAAACGGUGGAAAAGGAAAUAACUUAUGAGAAAUUCAUAGAGUGGACGAGGCUGGACAAGACGGAUGAAGAAGAGGUGGAGGUUUUCCUCCCACGGUUUAAACUGGAGGAGAAUUAUGACAUGGAGGACUUUCUGUGCAAGCUGGGCAUGACUGAUGCCUUUGAUAAUGGGGCAGACUUUUCUGGAAUAUCUUCCAAGCAAGGCUUGUCUCUGUCCAAGUUUGUGCAUAAGUCCUUUGUGGAGGUCAAUGAGGAGGGCACAGAGGCUGCGGCUGCCACCUCCAGUGUAGUUUUUAAGUGUAUGCCCCCCUACUUCUGUGCCGACCACCCCUUCCUUUUCUUCAUCCAGCACUGCAAGACCAAGGGGAUUGUGUUCUGUGGCCGGUUCUCCUCUCCCUGAGAGAGGGCGCUGCUGAGUCAGCAUACCACCUUUGCCCAGUCCCUCUCCCAUGAUUCAUGAUUUAUCUGUGGAUUAAUAAAUGUUGUGACAAGUC